AAAAAAUCGUUCAGCUGCUCUGAGUGUGGUAAAAGAUUUAACCAAAGGGGCAAUCUAAAUAGACAUAUGAGGAUUCAUACAGGAGAGAAACCGUUUAGUUGCACUGAGUGUGGUGAAAGAUUUAACCAAAGGGGCCAUCUAAAUACACAUAUGAGGAUUCAUACAGGAGAGAAAGCGUUUAGUUGCUCUGAGUGUGGUGAAAGAUUUAACCAAAUGGGCAAUCUAAAUACACAUAUGAAGAUUCAUACUGGAGAGAAACCGUUUAGUUGCCCUGAGUGUGGUGAAAGAUUUAACCAAAGGGGCCAUCUAAAUACACAUAUGAGGAUUCAUACAGGAGAGAAAGCGUUUAGUUGCUCUGAGUGUGGUGAAAGAUUUAACCAAAGGGGCAAUCUAAAUACACAUAUGAGGAUUCAUACAGGAGAGAAACCUUUUAGUUGCUCUGAGUGUGGUGAAAGAUUUAACCAAAGGGGCAGUCUAAAUACACAUAUGAGGAUUCAUACGGGAGAGAAACCGUUUAGUUGCUCUGAUUGCUCUGAGUGUUGUGAAAGAUUUAACCAAAGGGGCCAUCUAAAUACACAUAUGAGGAUUCAUACAGGAGAGAAACCGUUUAGUUGCUCUGAGUGUGGUGAAAGAUUUAACCAAAGGGGCAGUCUAAAUAAACAUAUGAGGAUUCAUACAGGAGAGAAACCGUUUAGUUGCUCUGAGUGUGGUGAAAGAUUUAACCAAAGGGGCAUUCUAAAUAGACAUAUGAGG